CUUUACUUUCACUUUCUCUUAAACUGUAACGUCUACAGUCACUGCUAUAGGAAGAACGAAGACGGAGCAGACGACGUUCUCCCUGCCUGUAAUCACUGUAAGGAAAUGGCAGACUUACGUGUUUCCCCAGAAGCUGUAAACAAGGUGGAUGCAUUCCGCAGUCAACUCUGUAAGGAGGCUGACGAGCUAAUAUCAGUGGGAUUUCCACAGAAGAUUACUGAGCUAGACAAACUCAUCAGUUCUCCAGAGCUGAAUGUUUCUGAUUUGACAACACUGCGAGCUCAGCUGGAUAUACCAAUACCAGACCCUGAGAAGGAGCAAGAAAAAGAAAAACAGAAGAAAGAAAAAGAUGACAAAAAGAAAGAUGAUGAAGAUGAGAAAGGCCCCCCCUGUGGUCCCAUUGCUUGCAAUGAGAAAAUAACAAGUUUACAAAGAAAACUCAAGACAGAAAUCCAGGAAUUAAAGGAAAAUUUAAAUAUGGUUUCUCUUUGGCUGCAGCUUCAGAUUCCACAGAUUGAGGACGGGAAUAACUUUGGCGUUGCUGUUCAGGAAAAAGUAUUUGAAGUGAUGACAAGUCUGAGGACCAAGUUAGAUGCAAUUAAUACUCAGAUAUCUAAAUAUCUCUCUGAUCGAGGAGAUGCUGUAGCCAAAGCAUCAAAAGGGCCACACGUGGGUGAUUAUCGGGCUCUGGUUCAUCAGUUGGAUGAAUCCCAGUACUCUGAACUGCGGCUCACAGCUCUGGAAAUAAAGAACUUCUAUGCCACACUAUGUGAUGUCAUUAUCAAGAAUUACAGCAAGAUUAAAAGACCCCGUGGAGACACCAAGAGACUCAUCUAUUAAACUGUUUCAACCAAUCAGUUUUUCUUUUUGGCAAUAGAUUUGUGCCAUGCUUUUUGCGAUACUUUGAACAGGAUGUACUGUACAUGUGCAUUUUCUCUACUGUAACUUUUGAUUCCAAGCUAAGGAGGCACUUGAAGUACAAUAAACAUUAAUGAUCUUCAAA